UGUCACUGACGUCAGUGUUGGAAAACAAAAACAAAUCGAAUUGCAACAUCUCGGUCGUUGUUUUUCUUUCUGUUCGUCGUGUUUCCUGCUUUGGAAGCCGUUGUAUCGUCUCGACUCUGCGUGUUCAUGGUAGUCCUCUGGGUCCAUCUGAAGCUGUAGUCUACCGGUAACAUCGCGGUAACGGUAGUUAGCUGCCAUGGCUCAGCAGAGAGGAGUCAACAGCCUGCAGUUCAACCAGGACCAGAGCUGUUUCUGCUGUGCUAUGGAGACAGGGGUCAGGAUUUACAACGUUGAGCCCCUGAUGGAGAAAGGUCACCUGGACCACGAGCAGGUAGGCAGCGUGGCCCUCUGCUCCAUGCUGCAUCGAUCCAACCUGCUGGCCGUCGUUGGAGGAGGAGUCAACCCAAAGUUCUCAGAAAUCUCUGUGCUGAUCUGGGAUGACGCUCGGGAGUCACGAGACCCCAAAGACAAGCUGGUGCUGGAGUUCACCUUCACCAAACCUGUUUUAGCUGUUCGCAUGAGGCAUGACAAGAUCAUCAUCGUAUUAAAGAACAGGAUCUAUGUGUACAGUUUUCCAGACAACCCAGUCAAACUUUUUGAGUUUGACACCAGAGAUAAUCCCAAAGGUCUGUGUGAUUUAUGUCCGAGUCUGGAGAAACAGCUGCUGGUCUUUCCAGGUCAUAAAUGUGGCAGCUUGCAGCUGGUUGACUUGUCCAACACCAAACCAGGCACAUCAUCCGCCCCCUUUACCAUCAACGCCCACCAAAGCGAGAUCGCCUGUGUGGCGCUGAACCAGCCCGGCAGCGUGGCGGCUUCAGCCUCUCGCAAAGGAACGCUCAUCCGCCUGUUUGACACGACCACCAGAGACAAGCUGGUGGAGCUGCGCCGAGGAACCGACCCUGCCACCCUCUACUGCAUCAACUUCAGCCACGACUCGUCGUUCCUGUGCGCCUCCAGUGACAAAGGCACCGUUCACAUCUUUGCACUCAAAGACACCAAGCUGAACCGCCGCUCCGCGCUGGCUCGUGUUGGGAAGGUGGGCCCUGUGAUUGGUCAGUAUGUGGACAGCCAGUGGUCAUUGGCCAGCUUCACUGUGCCCGCUGAGUGUGCCUGCAUCUGCGCUUUUGGAAAGAACACAUCCAAGAACGUCAACUCUGUCAUCGCCAUAUGUGUGGACGGGACCUUCCAUAAGUACGUGUUCACCCCCGAUGGAAACUGCAACCGAGAAGCCUUCGAUGUGUAUCUGGAUAUAUGUGACGAUGACGACUUCUGAGGCCACUUUGGAAACAUUACUGGAAGGGAAAAGAUGUGAGGACAAUUAGGAAACAUGAGGAGGACAAUGAUGGCGAGUGAAAAUGACUGGAGUUAAUGAUUAUUGUCCUGUUGUGGAGACAGAUGGGAAACUGGCCUGAAACAGAGAAUCAGAGAUGUGUGGAGGAAUAGACUUUCUGCUGGGUCCUGGUUUAUAAAGUCCUUUGUGGUCGUGAUCAGUUGUAUCUACAGUAUGUAGCAGUGUGAAUAUAAACACAGUUUUCUAUUGGUCUGUAACCUUGGUGAGUCUGACUGUGUAAAAAAAAAAAACCUUACAUGACAAAAACACAUAACCUUGGAAGCUGAGUGAUUUGCUGUAGUUAUGAGAGGUUACUAGUUUAAGUCAAACUGAAAUUAAAAUUCAUUUUUGCUAAGAAA